AUGCACCAGUACUUUGCAGACUCAAAGCCCCUAUGGAAGCCCCGACGUCCCGCUGACUCUUGCGCGGAUGCGCUUCGCCGCCAGAUAAAUCCCAAAUAUGGCCUGAAAUUAGCGAAUUAUCAUGAUCUCCACAGAUACUCCGUUGAGGAUGACAAUUUUUGGCUGGAGCUGUGGGAGUUUCUCGGGAUAAUAUCCUCUGUACCACCGCAAAAGACGAAAAUAUUGGAGAAAGGCGUCUUAGAUGAGGUACCUCUAUGGUUUCCUGGAGCGAGACUCAACUACGCGGAAAAUCUGCUCCAUAGGACAGACGACGCGAUAGCAAUAACUGCAACUGGAGAAUCGGGAGUCAUCACCAAUCGCACCUUCCGGGAGUUACGCAACUGUGUCGUCAUUGCUCUGGCGACAGCAAGCAUAGGAGGCAUAUUUUCAAGUACUGCGACGGACAUGGGAACUUCUGGCAUCCUUGACAGGUAUCGCCAAAUCACACCCAAGUUCGUUUUCGCUGAAAUAGAAGUUUCAUACGGGGGAAAACCUGUGGAUCUCCUUCCCAAAGUCACAGAGGUGAUCAAGGACCUCUCUGACAAAGGUCUACAGCAAGCCGUUUUGCUACCGAGUCGUAUAACCGGGUAUGAAAUAAAUCUUCAGGAUGCCGCGAGCAUUACACUCUCCGCAUUUCUAGAGUCUGCAGAUGAUCGCAAACUUAAAUUCGAGCAACUUCCUUUUAGUCAGCCUCUCUUCAUCUUAUACAGCUCUGGGACGUCUGGAAAACCCAAGUGCAUCGUUCAUUCCGCAGGGGGUGUCCUUCUCCAAACAAAAAAAGAUAUCAAGAUGACGUUCGAUGCUUCUCCGGAGGACACUUACUUCCAGUACACAACUACUGGUUGGAUGAUGUGGACUUUUAUGUUGACGGGGCUUGCUUGUGGAUCACGAAUCAUUCUUUACGAUGGAUCGCCCUUCCACCCUGAUCUCAAAACUUUCCUCCAAUUUAUCAAUAACCAAGGGGUUUCGAUCCUCGGGACGAGUCCUAGGUUCUUGGCCGAAAUCCAAGGAAAAGGGAUCAACCCUCUGGAAUUGGGCUCGUUUGAAGCACUGAAAACUAUCAGUUGCACAGGUGCCGUUCUAACACUACCUCUUUUCGAAUGGGCAUUCCACGCUUUUGGCGGCGACGUUCAUCUCGUCUCAAUGAGCGGAGGCACCGACAUAUCUGCAUGUUUCGUCGCCGGCACUCCAUCCUUACCCGUGUAUUCAGGAGAAAUACAGUGCAAGUCACUUGGAAUGAAGGUCGAAAUUUUUGAUCUAAGUGGGAACAAUAUCGAACAUCUUGGCGAACCAGGCGAGCUGGUGUGUACGCGGCCCCAUCCAUCGCUGCCAGUGUGCUUCUGGGGUGAUGAGGGAGGAAAGAAGUUUUUAGAUGCUUAUUUCAGCAUGUAUCCUGGAAUUUGGAGGCAAGGCGAUCUCAUAGUAGUGAAUCAGGCCACCAAGGGCAUUAUGAUUUUAGGACGCAGUGACGGUGUUCUCAAUCCCAGUGGCGUUCGCUUUGGCUCUGCAGAAAUUUAUUCGGCCUUGGAGCCAUUCUCCAAAGUGAUCGAUGAUUCUCUUUGUAUCGGGCAGCGUCGUUCGUAUGAUAGAGACGAGCGUGUGUUGCUGUUCGUUAAAAUGCGUGCAGGGUACAUUCUCUCCCCAGCACUCAUUUCUCAAAUACGCAUCACCAUAAGGAGGAGACUGAGUGCCCGGCAUGUUCCCGCCUAUAUCUUUGAAGUUUCUGAUAUUCCGUACACGGUCAAUGGAAAGAAGAUUGAAAUCGCUGUCAAGCAAAUCGUCUCUGGAUCAAACUUGCAGCCGAGUGGAACGGUGGCCAACCCCGAGUCACUUCAAUUGUACUAUAAAUACCGAGACAUUGAAAAGGUCGUGAAGAUGAAGAAGGAUGCUAAGCUGUAA